CAUAGGAGAACACUUGAAACUGCGGAGCAGCACAAUGCAUUGGCUUGAGUGAGGAGGCAAGCAACAGAGAACGAAAUAAAACAAUACGUUUUUCAUUGAAGUUUACAACAAUAAAUAAGGAUUUGUAAAAUACGUUUUGGCCAUAACUUUGUAAAGUUGGAUAUCGCAUCAUAACGCACUAUUGGAGAGACUGAGACUUGCACCACUGUGAGAAGAAAAUAGAGAAAAGGACACACCUUGGUUGAGUAGAGACAUUAAAGCUACAGCCUAACUAGCCGCCAUACCUUACAUCUCAAUAUCCAUCUAUCUAUGUUGAACACUGGCUAUCUGCAAUGCUAGUCCACAACCAGUCCCAGUCCUAAACCCUAGUUGAGCCCUAUCCUAACUCCCAACUAGCAACUAUGCUCCUCAACCAGUCCUAAACCCUAGUUGAGCCCUAUCCUAACUCCCAACUUGCCUCCAUGCUCUUCAACCAGUCCUAAACCCUAGUUGAGCCCUAUCCUAACUCCCAACUAGCCUCUAUGCUCCUCAACCAGUCCUAAACCCUAGUUGAGCCCUAUCCUAACUCCCAACUAGCCUAUAUGCUCCUCAACCAGUCCUAAACCCUAGUUGAGCCCUAUCCUAACUCCCAACUAGCCUCUAUGCUUAUCAACCUAACCGUGUCCGUCAAGGAGUCCCGUGCCUUUCAUGGAACGCCACCCGCCAGCCCUCGCGGUGUUGCACCCCUCGUCUUGGAAGUGACAGCUAUGGACACCCUUCCUGGCCUUACCUAUGCUCCCCUAACCCAAACCCCUCCUCCGCCCCCUCCUCCGCCCCCUCCUCCGCCCCCACCUCCCUCCACCUCCUGCUCCUCUCCUCUGACCCGUAUGGACUCGGCCCAUCGCAGCCGGCUGAGGAAACUGAACUGGGAGCAGAUCCCUAAGGAGAAGGUGGAGGGGAGGAAGAGUGUCUGGAGUGGAGCGGCUACGGAGGAGGAAGAGUUCCCUAUAGACCUCCACUCUCUGGAUGAGCUGUUUGGACAGAAGGACAGUAAACCUCAGGACAGAGCCAGGAGUUUGAGACGCAGGUCUGUGCUGAUGCGAUGCAGUUCACCCCAGGACAACACCACAGAUAAGGUCUCACUACUGGACUCCAAACGCAGUAUGAAUGUGGGAAUAUUUCUACGACAGUUUAAGACGGCUGUCCAGGAGAUAGUGGAGGAUAUCCGGCAGGGGGUCGGGACCCGCUACGGGGCCGAGAAACUGUCCGAGCUCUGCAAACUGCUGCCUGACGCAGACGAGGAGGCUCGUCUGAAGAGGUUCAAGGCCGAACGCAGUGGGCUUGGGGAGCCUGACCUCUUCAUGAUUCUGCUAGUGGAAGUCCCCAGCUUUCGUCUGCGUCUGGAUGCCAUGAUCCUGCAAGAGGAGUUUGACCCUGCCGUGACCUCUCUCUGUUUGGCUGCCAGAUGUCUGAGGGAGGCGGCCAGAGAGCUGUUGAGCUGUCCUGAGCUGCACUCCAUCCUCCGCCUGGUUCUGAAGGCAGGAAACUACAUGAACGCUGGUGGGUAUGCAGGCAACGCAGCAGGGUUCCGAAUCCCUUCCCUGCUCAAGCUGGCCGACACUAAAGCCAACAAACCAGGCAUGAACCUCCUGCACUUUGUGGCCAUGGAAGCCGUGAAAAAGGACCAGAGUUUACUGUCGUUUCCCGGCCAACUAGGACACGUCGGCCCCGCCUCCAGGUUGUGUGAGGAGUCGGUAGUAGAGGAUCUCUCCAGGCUCCACAGGCGUGUGGCAUCCCUCAGGAUCAGUGUCCAGACGGAGGCAGAGAUCCAGCAGCUCACACAGCUUUUCCUGGAGGUGGCAGAGGAGCGUCUGAAGGAAGCAGAGGAUGAAGUGGAGGGGAUGAGGAUGUCCAGUCAGGCUCUGGUCCAGUUCUUCUGUGAGGAUGACACCACUUUUAAACUGGAGGAAGCCUGCAGGGUCUUCCACUCCUUCUGCCUUCGCUUCCAAAGAGCCGUACAGGAAAACGCUGAGCGGGAACAGAAGGAGCAGAAACGGAUGGAGCGUGAGAUGGUGGAGAAGCGUCGCUCCGUGGCCGUGUGUACAGGGCUGGACCUGGACCUGGCUGUGGCUACGGGUCGGGUGUCCCCACCGGGAACCCAGGAGAACCAGAAUGACCUAGAGAAAACCCUUGAGAACCUGAGCCACGCCUGGAGCCGGCGCAGCCUUAGAACCCAGGAGAACCGCAGGCACUCCCACCACCUCCAGAACUACACCUCCGUUCCUAUUCAGACAUCCCCGGGUUUGGUUAGAAACACAUCCACCCAACUCCACCUUAGCUCCUCCAACCUCCAGACCUCUCCAGGGCUACCCUGCCCCACCUACCCCAACCAGGAGAGACCAUCCCUGGGGACCGAGACCAAGACAGAGCCCCUGGUCCGUCAGCACCAACAAGUCUUGGAGACUAAGGGACCAAAUCAUGAAGGGACAACUCAGACUCAAGUCUCAGAACCGCAACAUGAACUGACUUCUGACAUCAUUCAAACCCAGUGUGGACAUAGAUUCAAAUUCCCCCAAAACAGGCAGGACACUAUUGCCUAUGUCACCCAAACCCAACAUGGAAUAUUUAAAAACGUCAUUGAUAGCCGACAUGCACCAACGGCUCGAGUGACUCAAACUCACGAUGAACGGACUGUUGAUGCCGUCCCUGAACCGUGUGUACUGACCACUAAGUCUAUGGCCAGUCCUUAUAGACACUCCUCCACUACCACUACUGCCAUCCCCAGUGUGAGAAGAAAUACCAUUGGUCUUAGACACAGGUAUGACCUAGAGGGGACUGACCCUACCCCUGUUUCUCAGGCGAAACACACAGACACCUCAGUCAGAGACGCAGCGCAUCAGGACCCUGACCUCGCUCAGUUAACAGGGUCAAUGGUUACUCAGGUGACUCAGCAGCCCUUCGAGAGCCAAUCAGAAACAUCCAUGGCCACUGCCACCCCAGACGGUGUCCAAUCACAAUCCCAGGAUGCUAAGGGAGCCAAUGAGACCACACCAGGACGUGGUGGUGCCUUGGAGCUGAGGCUUUCACCUGAGGGCGGACCAAGCCAGCAGAGGGAAACCGAAUCUGUGGAACAGAGCUGGCUGACUCCGAGCCUACCAGAACUGAGCCCACAGCGGGCACAGGAAUGCCCAGAGGUCUCCAGCCCUGACAGGGAGAGGGACCGGUCAUACCCAUGUGUGGGCGAAACCCUUGAGUGCCACACCCUGGUCCGAGGUCUGCGUUCCUACGACAACCUAUCCCCUCCUCCCACAACACUCUCCAGAGGCCCACCCAGCCUCUGCUCCAAGUGGAGGAAAGCGAAGCAGGCGGAGACUCCAGGGGCUGGUUCUGGGUCUCCAAUGGGGAAAGAGGACUCUCGGGGCGGGGGGAAGUCUCCUGUUGUCCGAGGUGGGGCUAAGCGGGGCUUGGUACCCCGUGCAGGUCUACCGAACAAUACUGCUAUCCAUAGGGUGCGUUUUAUUACCAAACCGGAGACACAGACACCCACCGGCCCCGUUCCAAAUCCUAAUUUACAGACUACAUCACGUUCCACUGCGUCCCCGUCCGUACCCAGCGCCUCCAUACGCUCCUCCCCCAUCACACGCCCUACUACUGCCCAGACAGAGGUGAAGCGGCGCGGUAGCACCAGGAGUGAGAGGAGCCAGGCUGGGGGUGAGAACCAGCAGCAGACCCCAGGGAAACACACCUUGACCCGCCGGGCAUCAGAGAGAGCUGGGAUGGGGCUUGGACCAGAGAGGGAGAGGACUUCUAGCACCAGCACCAAUAGUAGUACAGCUACCACCCAGCCAGCCUUUGUCAGAGGCUCUCCUCUCAGGGUCACCAAACGUCUUGCCCCCACCUCCAACUCUGAGACCCAACACUCCUCUCAGCCCCGCUCCACACACAGCCCCUCCUCUGCUACAGCUAAAACCAUCCGUACAGCUGUUACAGCUGCGUCCAGGACUAGAACAACCAAGACGAGCCCCAGCACAGAUCCCUCUAGAGCUGCUGUCCCUGCCUGUAAAACCCCCACAGCAACACGGAUACCUGGACCUAAAAUGGCCCGUCCUGCCUCCUCGCCCAUGUGGAAGUGAUCGUGGGAGAUCCUACCACUUUUUCAGUCUUCUGUCCACAUGCCUCGGUGUGUUUAUGUUUGUGUCCACUGUACAUGUAUGUGGGUAUCAAUAAAUGACUUGGUGAAUUGUACCAGACCUCUCUGUUCUGGAGGGGUAGGCAGUUACUGGUCCAUGCAGACUCUAUUGAGCUUGUCCAGAAUCGAUGGGGUGUUUUCACUUGGGUCUGUCUUAUUGUAAAGUGCAAUUAAGGACGUACGAAGUACCUGCCAUUCUCGCUCUUGUCUGGCAGGAAGAUGACAAAGAACUGCAACUCGAACAAAAUGGCUGCCACUACACUCUACAUUUACUAUGUUUUGCAAAUGGACAGUAGGUGUACUGUCACUGUAGAUAGAAUUGUCUUCUGUUCUACACUCUACCUCCAUCCACUAGUGUCCUGUCCAUGCAACAGGGCACUUCAAGGAGAUACUCUAACCACCUCACACCCAACCUGGACUUUGUUAAGCUACUGAAAUGGGUGCCUCAUUUGUUGUUCAAGAAAAUCAUUUGUUUAGAAUAAUUUGCCACUGCGGCCUCCUCUGUGCCUUGGUCUUCCAACAGAUCACUCUCAUCGACCAGUCUUUUUAGGUUGUAUGUUGUAUGUUGAAAAUGGCGUGUUCGUCUUCAAAGGUUAUUUUAUUUUACUUUACCUGCAUCCCAAAUUGCACCCUAUUCCCCAUAUAGUGCACAACCUUUGACCAGGGCCCCCAAACAGCUCUGGUCCAAAUGAGUGCACUAUGUAGGGAAUAAUUUCCCACUGUGUUUUGAGCGGCCAUUCUUAGAACUGUAUUUCUACACCUGUUGUGCUGUUUCAUUAGAUGCAUGGACCAAACUCAGAUUAAAUAGAUGGAAUUUCACUUUUGUUGUUUUCUCACCUUGGGCUAUCGAUUUGCCCAAUCAGCAAUCAAUCGGUAUGAUAUCGAAUUGAUUAUUGGUAAUUGAGCGAUUUUAUUGGUUAUCCUCAUCUUGAAUGUGCUCUUCAUUCUGACACACUUUAAGUUGCUAGGAUACUCACUGUAAUAUUCUGCUGCUGUUAAUAUCAAAAGGAUCUUAAAAUGAACGGCAUGAAUUGUUAUCCAUGGCAACAAUGUGUGUAUUUGUAAAUAACAUAUAAAAUAAAGUUGCUAAUCAGA